AUGUUUGAGUUCGACGAUGAUGAUAUGGGAUUUGUAGAUCAUACUAAAUAGCAGGAAGAUAGCAGUGGCAAACUGAUGUUUAAAAGUAAAUCAUUUCGUAAGGACACCAACCCUAAGUUGAUGGCUGAUAACAAAAAUAAUGGUCUACUUGAUCGCAUCGAUCUCUCUCAUGAUGUAUUUGGUAGGAAAUAGAGAAGAGUUGUCUAGAAACAUUAAGCUCAAAAUUUUUAAUUGAGAAAGAAAAUAAUUCUAACACCAUAAGAUCAGAACGAAUUUCUUGAAAACUUAUUAAUCAGAAAUAAACCUUAAAUUUUGAGUAAGGAUGAAAGAAAAAUUCUUAAGGCUUUUUGCAAAAAAGGACUUUCUGAGAGAUAUAGAAAGCAUUUAUGGCUUCGAGCAUCAGGGGCUUCAGCAAUGAUAAAUUUGCCUGAAAAUAGGCAAUACUAUAGAAACCUUAAGAAGUAAGCUAUGGACUAUCCUAAUCCAUGCUUUAAUCAAAUAAAUCUUGAUCUUAGGAGAACGUUUUUCGAAUUAAAAAUAAACAAAUCUGAAUAGUUGAUUGAUAAAUUGAGAAAUGUCCUUGCUGUUUAUACAAAAAGAAACCCAACAAUCGGUUAUUGUUAGGGCAUGAAUUUUUUAGUGGGCAGAAUACUCAAAGUCAUGCAAAGUAGUGAGUCUACUAUUAAUGAAACAGCAAAUCAUAGUAGUGUAGCUAAAGAUAACUUUAGAAGCAAUUCUAAAUCAUCUCUUAAUGAAAAUGAUAAUGAUGAGGUUGAAGCAUUUUGGAUUUUUGUUAAUAUGGUCGAAUCAAUGCUCCCUAUAGACUACUAUUCUAAUAUGGUAGGAGUAGUUAUAGAUUAAAAGAUUUUCUAUGAUUAAUUCAAGCUAAGAAUCCCUGACCUUUGCCAUCAUCUUGAUCGGGUUGGAUUUGAUCCUAGUCUGCUAGCCUUUUAAUGGCUGGUUUGCUUUUUGAGCUAUAAUCUACCUUAGGAAGUGUCGGUUAAAGUUUGGGAUCUAUUUUUCCUGCAAGGAACAAAAAUCAUUUUCAAAGUAUCACUUGCCUUACUUCAUUUAAUGAAAGGAGAACUAAUGAAAGCAAGGGAGUUUUCAGAGAUAUUUGAAACACUUGAAACGUUUCCUAGGAAAACUAUAGAUUAUAAAACUCUGAUAUAAACUACCUAGCUCAAAUAAUUUAAAAUAAGAAAUAGAGAUAUUAGAUAUCUUAGAGAGUAAAAAAGAGAGGGAGUUUAAGAGGAGUUAAAGAAAUUAGUUCUAACUAAAGACAUUUUCAGAGGUACUUACUAGCGGUUGAAGUUUAUGAAUAAAUUCUAUCUGUAUUCAGGUUUGUAGAAAAUGUACGAAAAUCAAGAUAGUAUUGCUAAGGAAGUAUUUUAAAAAUCAUUAGACAACUAUGAACAAGAAUUAAUGAAAAUCUUUAAUUGUAAUACUAAAUGGCCUAUUUGCUUAUUCGACUUUACUUAUAAGAAUAAAAUACCUUAAUUUCUUUGCUUUAGAACAAGCACAAACCCUCCUGUAAUUAUAGAAGAAUAUUUCAAUCCAUUUUAAAGAGCGCAUAUAAUAGAAGAAUAUGAUCCUGAACGAAAAAAUGAAAUUUUAAUGGAGAGAGGUUAGCACUAUUGUAAUCAUGAUCCGAGAUUUAUUGAAAACUUUAAAAUACUUUACAAUAAUGCUCACGAAGCACUCUUUGGCAAUGCUAAUCUGCUAUUUGAUAUUACAAGCGAAAUGAAUUCUCUCAAAUCGUUAAGGCAGUUUAUGAAGGAAAUUGCAAAUUUUCAAGGAAUUGAAGAAUUUAGAAAUAAAUCUAUUCCUUCUUCAAGAUCGACCAAGCUAAUUGGUAGUAAAAUCUCAAGUAAAUUAGUUGAUAGUGUUAUAAGUACUGAGAAGGAUAAGCAAUAAAAUAUGUUUUAAAAAAUAGAGGAAAUAGACCAUGAUAUUUUGGAGUAAGAUUAAUAAUAGAAUUUAGAACAAGUUUUGCGAGAUAAAAACUAACACUAAUUACCAAAUUCAGAGGAAUUCAAGUAAAGUUUGCCUAAAAUGACUUAGCCAAGGUACAAAACCACUUUAUCCAGACAAUUUUAAAUAACUAAUAACCUGGGUGCAAAUCAAGAUGAAGAGACAAAGAGCUUAGAUGAAGAACUCCUUGAAGAAGAGCAAGAAGAAUUAUUUCCACUCAAUAAUAAAAUAUAUAGAGCAUAGUCGAGUCUCCAUCAAAGUGCACUAAAUCUAUUAGCUUAUUAAAAAGUUGGGAACAAAGGAGGAGAAAAAUAUCUUGAAAAACUGUUCAAGAUUCCAAUAUCUGAUAUCUGA